GAGACAGAGGGCGAAGACUCUGUUCAGGUACGCUCACAUCGACUGAGGAUGAAAAUGGUUGACCCUUGCAUCAUGGAGGUCGGGACUGUGCACGAGGGGCGGGCGGUGGGAAACCUCGACAACCGCCGCACGCCCUUUCGCGCGAUUGGGAGCUCGACGAGUGCCAUUCCCUUGAUCCGUUAUAAAUAGCCUCGUUGGCUCCACGCAGGAAAAGCCGAUAGUUCGGCUCCCACUAAAGAGACGGAGACACUGCACGUCGCCUGAUUGGCGAUGGGUAUACUCUCCUCCCCCCCUUUUUUUUGGCGGUCCCCAAGGGAAUAGCGUGCCGUUACCACCUUUUUUUUUUCUUCAUCCGACGUAUAACCCGAGCAUGGUCGCCUGCUCGUCAGACGCCAUGAACCAUUCUACCCCCAAUUCCUCCUCUGCGAUCAGGACUUGUGCGUGACCACCGUAUACGCCUGCCGAGGGGACACCCAUCCGCACUACCACGACCGCAACGUUUUCAUGCGCCCCUUUCGGUAUGUCGGCAUCCUGAGUGCCCUGGCCAGGAUUGCCAUUGCCGACGAGCAGACGGAAUGCAAUCCAUUGAACACGACCUGUCCCGCAGAUCCGGCAUUGGGGACCGAGCAUACCUGGUGGUUCAACUCCACGCUGGAUGAGAAGUUGUGGAAUCUGACCACCGGGGUUCCGACAUAUACGUCGGAAGGGGCGGAGUUUUCGAUCAAGACGGAAAAUGGAUCGACGCUAUUACAAUCCAACUUCUACAUCUUCUUCGGGGUCAUGGAGGCACAUGUCAAGAUGGCCAAGGGCGCCGGCAUCAUCAGCAGUGUGAUUCUCCAGUCGGACGACUUGGACGAGAUCGACUGGGAAUGGGUCGGAUACAACACCAGUGAGGUACAAUCCGACUUCUUUGGCAAGGGGAAUACGACCACGAGUGACCGUGGUGGGUUCCAUGCCGUCGCCAACGCCGACACCGAAUUUCAUAACUACACCUCGUACUGGGACCAGGACCGCCUGGAAUGGUGGAUUGACAACGAACUGGUGCGCACGGUCAACUACUCGGAACCGCUGACCGUCUAUGGCAAAAACUACCCGCAAACCCCGUGCCGCGUCAAAGUGAGCAAUUGGCCGGUGGGUAUUGCGUCCCAGUCGAUUGGCAACAUCGAAUGGGGCGGCGGUCUGGUGAAUUGGACCAAUCUCCCCUUCACCAUGACGGUGCAGAGAAUUCGCGUCCAGGACUUUCAUUCCGGGAAAGAGUAUACCUACUCAGGGAGCUCGGGCUCAUACGACAGCAUCAAUGUCGUCAGGUAUGAUCUCGAUCUUUCUGUCUCUUCUGGUAGCUGUAAUGGGCGAAGAUAACUAAUCAGCCCGGCAGUGGCAACUCCACCGCCAAAACGGAGAUCAACAAGAAGCCCGCCAAGACUCUCGCUCAGAAAUGGAAGGACCUGGGCAAGGCAGCCCAUAUUGGUGUGUAUUGCGGAGCCGCUGCUGCGGGGGUGCUCAUCGUGGCCGGGUUCGCCAUGUGGUGCGUCCGGCAACGCCGCAAAGGUCGUCUGGAGCGCGGGCUCGCUGAAGGUCCGCCGAGUACGGGCAAGCCGAUCGAGAUGGAAGACUAUAAGAAACGAUGGAGGCAAAGCGACUGGGCGCAUCGUGGA